AUGGCUUCACCGGCGUUAUCCAGGGUUGCUCUGCGCCCAUCAUCUCUCCGGCCGGCUGCCGCGCGCCCUUCGCAAUGGGCUCGCCAUUGGGCUCGCCAUGCGAGUUCAUCGCCCCGGGGACCCCGACCCACGCUUGGCUCUUUUAUCCGCCAUACGGCAUUCAUGGUAGCAGGCGGAGCGGCCGGUAUGUACCUUUAUUGGCGCUACGCUCUCGGCGGGAUGCCAAUCUACCGCCCUCUCAUCGCCCCUGACUCCGAUACGCUUGCAAAGGCCGAGAUUGGCUACGAGAAGCCGCGAAAGAAGCCUAGCUCCAAGGAGGAGGGCCGCGACCAAUUGAGCUCGCAACACCUGCAGGUCAAGAAAAGCUGGGAGCACCCCGGCGUCUACGCUUGGGGUUCGAACGCCGGCGGAGUGGUUGCCCCUGGCUCACAGGAGACCGUCAUCAAGACCCCCCGCCGGAUCCCCUACUUCGAUGGCCAAAUCCUGCGAGAUCUUAAAGUGGACCGCGACUCUGGAGCCGCCGUGAAUGAGCAGGGCGAUCUCGUGCAGUGGGGUGCUGCUUUUUCCAGGGAUGCGACUACGCCCGAGGUGACGCUCAAGGGCAAGGAUAUCACCAAGCUCGCGGUUUCGCGGGACCGCAUUAUUGCUCUCGCAUCCAAUGGAUCCGUCUAUUCAAUCCCAAUCGCCAAGUCGGACCAGGAGUCGGGCCCGAAGGAGACGCGCAAGUCUUGGUUCCCUCUCUGGACAGAAACCUCGCCUACCAGCUACCGGUCUCUCAAACCCGAGAACUUGGGCUGGGGUGAAAAGAUUGUCGACAUAAAGAGCGGACUUGAGCAUUGCCUCCUACUGACCUCCAAGGGCCGCGUCUACUCGGCCGUCUCGAGCUCCGAGGCGUUCCCCUCUAAAGGCCAGCUUGGCAUCCCAGGCCUAACCUGGAACACGCGGCCUGCAGGACCGUACGACCAGCCCCACGAGGUGGCCGGCCUUCGCGGAUUCAACAUCAAAGCGAUUGCUACUGGAGACUUCCAUUCGCUGGCUCUCGACUGCGAGGGUCGGCUUUUCUCCUUUGGCGAUAACAGCUUCGGCCAACUCGGGUUUGAGCCCGAGGUCGGGGCCUUCCACGUUGACACCCCUUCCCAGCUUCCCAUCAACAAGCUCUACAGCGGCACGAACCUGAUGCCCAAGGUGACCUCCAUCGCCGCCGGCGGUCUCAACAGCUUCUUCACGGUAGACGCGACCAGAGUCCGCGGCGAGAACCCCACCGAAAUAGCCCAGCUCGGCAGGGUUUCGGCAGACACGUGGGCGUGCGGCGAGGGCAUUCACGGCAGUCUCGGCACGGGCAAGUGGACCCACGUUUCGGCCCUGCCGACCCGAAUCAAGGCCCUAUCGGAACUCUACGAAUACGACGAGGCCACCAACCGCGUGGUACCCAUCCGACUCUCCCGCAUCGCCGUUGGCGGCACGCACGCGUGCGCCGUGCUCGACAACUUCACGCACGUCGAUGCCUCGGGCAAGAUGUCUGUCAACGACACCAAUUUUGGCGCCGACCUCCUGCUGUGGGGCGGCAACGAACACUACCAGCUGGGGACCGGUAAGCGCAACAAUGUGAGCACGCCCGUGUACAUUGCCCCGCUGGAUGAAAUGCCGGGCGAUGCCGAGGACAGGCACCGGCUCCAGAUCGCGCCGAGGAAGACGGUGCGUUUGGGCGAGGACGGAAAAGGUAGGACGGCGAGCGUUGAACAAAGGGUCGAGUGCGGACGCUAUGUCACGGCUGUGUACUCGGGUGCUUGA